GUUGUGGGGCUAGUAUUAAGGAGGGUCGGGGCCUUGUGGUGGAGGACGGUGGAGGGACUGCUGGGGCAACGCCGCGCUCGGACAGGCAAGCGUCAGCAAGGCGGAUGCAGAGUCCGGGGAGGGUCACGCAGACUUUGGACCAGCGGCGGCCAGCUCAAGUCAGCUUUUCCUUUUACUCACACGGGCUGGAAACCUGCGUCGCAGCUCGUGUCAGUACCGGCUUGUUGAUGACGAACGUGACAUGGUGGCAAGUCGUUCAAUACGUGGGGGAACUUACUGUUUCGGUUCUGGUGCUCAGAGGCGUUUCACGGUGCUGCUGAACGCGGACAGUGGAAUCAGUGACCAGAGAGAGCUAGGAAUCAUGGUAUUACUUGGUUUGACUUCAAGGCAUUUGUAAGCCAUUAAACCUUACCCUGAAUAUGGAAAACAAACUAAGCUCCUUCCUAUAAGCUCUGAGCUGUUGCUGAUGGCAAAACCCAAAUGUAAUCCAGAGUUAGCUGUAGCUCCUCAGAGUCUUCUCAGUCCGAGCUGCCCUGACAAUGGAUGGUGCAUCAGCCAAGCAGGGUGGCCUCUGGGAAAAUGAGUCCAGCAGUGAUAUUUCGUCUUGCCCUGAAGCCUCACUGGAGACGCUGGACUCACUGGCAUUACCGCCUGACCAAGAAGAUAGAACUCAGUAUGCCAGUGUUGAGGUAAACAGAGCUUUUAGGGAAGAAGGAAGCCCAGAUAGAUCCAGCCAGGAAGCCCUCUGUCAGAAUGGGCAGUUCUCAGACCUUCCGUUGUCUCUUGAUCCCACAACAAGUCCAGUGGGACCUGAUGCCUCUGCAGGUGUGGAUGUUUUCCAUGACAACCUAAGGAAGUCUCAGGGAACUAGUGCUGAGGGCAGUGUUAGAAAAGAAGCUUUGCAGUCUCUCAGACUCAGUCUUCCCAUGCAAGAAACGCAACUGUGUUCCACUGCAUCUUCGUUGCCCUUGGAAAAGGAGGAGCAGGUCCGACUGCAGGCCCAGAAGUGCCUGGAAGAGCAGCUGAUACAGUAUCGAGUGAAGCGCCAUCGAGAGAGGUCCAGUCAACCUGCAACAAAAAUGAAACUUUUUAGUACACUUGAUCCUGAGCUCAUGUUAAAUCCGGAAAACUUGCCAAGGGCCAGUACUGUAGCUGUGACAAAAGAAUAUUCAUUCCUGCGCACCAGUGUCCCUCGGGGGCCCAAGGUAGGCAGCUUAGGGCUGCUGGCACACUCUAAGGAGAAGAAGACUUCCAAGUCAAGCAAGAUUCGGUCUCUGGCUGACUAUAGAACAGAAGAUUCAAGUCACUCUGGUGGCCUUGGUUCCACUGCUGAUGCUGUUACAAGUUCUCUGAAACAGAGUAGAAGCAGCACUUCAGUUGUGUCUGAGGUUAGCCCUUCAUCUGAGACUGAUAACCGUGUGGAAAAUGCAUCACUGACUGGGGACAGUGUGUCAGAGGCCGAUGGAAAUGAAAGUGACAGCUCCUCACACAGCAGCUUCUCUGCCCGAGGGGCCUGUAGUGGCCUGGGGAAUGUGGGCAUGCCAGGAGCAGCUUACAUGGUAGAUGGCCAGGAGAUUUCUGCUGAGGCCCUGGGCCAAUUUCCUUCUAUUAAAGAUGUACUACAGGCUGCAGCAGCCCAGCACCAAGAUCAGCACCAGGAAGUCAAUGGGGACGUGAGGAGCCGCAGAGACAGCAUCUGCAGCAGUGUGUCCAUGGAGAGCUCUUUUGCUGAACCACAGGAUGAAAUGUUGCAGGUUCUUAAAGAUAAAAGGAGACUUGAAGGUCAGCUGGAGGCUUUGUCGUUAGAAGCCAGUCAGGCACUUCAAGAGAAGGCUGAGCUACAGGCCCAGCUAGCUGCCCUGAGCACAAGGCUGCAGGCACAGGUGGAACACAGCCACAGCAGCCAGCAGAAGCAGGACUCCCUUAGUUCUGAAGUGGACACUUUGAAGCAGUCUUGCUGGGAUCUAGAGCGUGCCAUGAUUGACCUGCAGAACAUGCUAGAAGCUAAAAAUGCCAGCCUGGCAUCCUCAAACAAUGACCUCCAAGUGGCAGAGGAGCAGUAUCAGAGACUGAUGGCCAAAGUAGAGGAAAUGCAGAAAAACAUCCUGAGCAAGGACAACACAGUGCAUGACCUUCGGCAGCAGAUGGCAGCUCUACAGAGCCAGCUCCAGCAAGUACAGCUGGAGCGUACAACACUGACCAGCAAACUACAAGCAUCACAGGCUGAAAUUACAUCUCUGCAGAAUGCCCGGCAGUGGUACCAACAGCAGCUUGCAUUGGCCCAGGAGGCCAGGGUCAGGCUGCAGGGAGAGAUGGCCCACAUCCAGGUUGGACAGAUGACCCAAGCCGGCCUUUUGGAGCACCUGAAGCUUGAGAAUGUGUCCCUAUCACAUCAACUAACAGAAACUCAGCAUAGAUCCAUCAAGGAAAAAGAGCGUAUAGCUGUUCAGCUCCAGAGCAUUGAGGCUGACAUGUUGGAUCAGGAGGCAGCCUUUGCACAGAUUCAAGAGGCAAAAACAAUGGUCGAGGAGGACCUCCAAAGGAAGCUGGAAGAAUUUGAAGGUGAACGGGAGCAGUUACAGAAAGCGGCAGAUGCAGCAUCAUCUCUGGAGCAACAAUUGGAACAGGUGAAACUGACAUUGUUCCAGCGAGACCAGCAGCUUGCAGCACUUCAGCAGGAACACCUAGAUGUGAUAAAGCAGCUCACAUCAACACAAGAAGCUCUGCAGACGAAAGGGCAGUCCCUUGAUGACCUGCACACACGUUAUGAUGAGCUACAAGCAAGGCUGGAAGAGCUGCAGAGAGAGGCUGACUCCAAGGAAGACACAAUUCACUUCUUGGAGAAUGAGAAGAUUGUCUUGGAAGUGGCUCUGCACUCAGCCAGGAGUGAUAAGGAAGAACUUGAUAGAGGAGCACAGCGUUUGGAAGAAAAUACUGAGGAGACAGCAGGGGUUUUGGAACAAUUGAGACAAGACUUGGCUGUCAAGUCCAACCAGGUGGAACACUUGCAGCAAGAGACAGCCACAUUGCGAAAACAGAUGCAGAAAGUAAAAGAGCAGUUUCUUCAACAGAAGGUAAUGGUAGAGGCCUACCGGCGAGACGCUACUUCCAAAGACCAACUCAUCAGUGAGCUGAAAGCGACCAAAAAACGGCUGGACUCAGAGAUGAAGGAACUGAGGCAGGAGCUAAUCAUGCUGCAUGGAGAGAAGAAGACUGUGGAAGUAGAGCACUCACGGCUGCAGAAGGACAUAUCCCUGGUUCACCAGCAGAUGGCAGAUCUUGAGGGGCAUCUUCAGUCAGUGCAGAAAGAACGAGAUGAAAUGGAGAUUCACCUGCAGUCUUUGCAGUUUGACAAAGAGAAGAUGAUAGCCCUUACUGAGGCCAAUGAGACACUAAAGAAACAAAUAGAAGAGCUGCAGCAAGAGGCCAAGAAGGCCAUCACAGAACAGAAGCAGAAGAUGAAGCGGCUGGGCUCAGAUCUGACCAGUGCCCAGAAGGAAAUGAAGACUAAGCACAAGGCUUAUGAGAAUGCUGUGAGCAUUCUCAGCCGCCGCCUGCAGGAGGCGCUGGCUUCUAAGGAGGCCACAGAUACAGAGCUGAGCCAGCUCAGAGCUCAGAACGCUGGUGGCAGCAGUGACCCUGUUCUACAUGAGAAGAUUCGGGCUCUGGAGGUAGAACUGCAGAAUGUUGGCCAAAGCAAGAUACUUUUGGAGAAGGAGUUACAGGAGGUGAUCACAAUGACUAGCCAGGAGCUGGAAGAGUCCCGGGAGAAGGUGCUAGAGCUGGAAGAUGAGCUUCAGGAAUCCAGAGGCUUCAGAAAGAAGAUAAAACGUCUUGAAGAGUCAAAUAAGAAACUGGCUCUGGAGUUAGAACAUGAGCGAGGGAAGCUUACCGGCCUCGGACAGUCUAAUGCAGCUUUGCGGGAGCACAACAGCAUUCUGGAGACUGCACUAGCCAAGAGAGAAGCUGACCUGGUGCAGCUGAAUCUUCAGGUGCAAGCAGUUUUACAGCGCAAAGAGGAGGAGGAUCGCCAGAUGAAGCAACUUGUCCAAGCCUUACAAGUCUCAUUAGAGAAAGAAAAGAUGGAAGUAAACAGCCUAAAGGAACAGAUGGCUGCUGCCAGGGUAGAAGCUGGACAUAACCGCCGCCACUUUAAGGCAGCUACAUUGGAGCUGAGUGAGGUGAAGAAGGAACUGCAGGCCAAGGAACACCUGGUACAGGCAUUGCAGGCUGAGGUGGAUGAGCUCCAGAUUCAGGAGGGGAAGCAUUCCCAAGAAAUAACACAAUUCCAGACUGAGCUGGCAGAAGCUAGAACCCAGCUCCAGCUCCUGCAGAAGAAGCUGGAUGAGCAGAUGAACCAGCAACCCACAGGAAGCCAGGAGAUGGAAAAUCUCAAAUGGGAAUUGGAUCAGAAGGAACGUGAAAUUCAGUCCCUAAAGCAGCAGCUUGACUUGACAGAGCAACAGGGCAAGAAAGAACUAGAGGGUACACAACAAACACUGCAGACUAUCAAGUCUGAGUUGGAAAUGGUACAGGAAGAUCUGUCUGAGACCCAGAAGGAUAAGUUUAUGCUUCAAGCUAAAGUGUCUGAACUGAAGAACAGCAUGAAGACUCUGCUGCAGCAGAACCAACAGCUCAAGCUGGAUCUCCGCCGUGGUGCAGCCAAGAAGAAAGAGCCAAAAGGUGAGUCCAACACCUCCAGUCCUGCAACACCCAUCAAGAUACCAGACUGUCCUGUCCCAGCCUCAUUGCUAGAGGAGCUGCUGAGGCCCCCACCCGCUGUGAGCAAGGAGCCCCUCAAGAAUCUCAACAGCUGUUUGCAGCAACUCAAGCAGGAAAUGGACAGUCUACAGCGCCAGAUGGAGGAGCAUGCCAUCACUGUGCAUGAGUCCCUGACCUCAUGGGCUCAGGUGGAAGCUGCUCCAGCAGAGCAUGCUCAUCCCAGGGGAGACACAAAACCACAUAGUCAAAACAAUGUUUCCAGAGAAGAGCUGGGCCAAUGACUACUGUUGUCCUCAUCACCAAGUAUUUGUGGCUGCUGAAGGAAUACUCUUGUCAAUAUUAUUUAUUUGAUCUUGAUCGAGUGCUCUGGUUGUUUUUGUUUUGUUUUGUUUUUGAAAAUUAAGAUUCAAAUUUCAUUUUACUUUUUUAUCAAGGAUUAAAAUAACUGAAUGAGCUGGGAGGUAGGUGAUGGCACACUCCUAUAAUCCCAGCACCUGAGAGGCAGAGGCAGGCAGAUCUCUGAGUUCAAGGACAGCCAGGCUACACAGAAAGACCCUGUCUCAAUAAAAUAACUGAAUGAGUCAAAGAUUAAAGAAAUAGUCAUUUUAAACCACAACUAGCUUUUCCCACGAAAUGACCAAAUCUUAAAAACAGAGUUUGGAUUGCUGGUGAAAUCUGAAUCUACUUAAACAGGUACUUGCAGAAGGAAGGAUCUUCUGUGUGGCUGUAGACACACAUAGAGUGUUGACAGUAACUUGUUCUUAUCUGGAACUAUGCAGAGUGAGCUCAGUGGGCAUCAGCACCUAGAGGUCUCUACUGUUGCAUUCACUAAGACCUUUACUUUCCUACAGAAAUGAAUUUUGAUUUGCACCUUUUGCUUUUUAUUUCAUUUGUUUUUCAAACUAUCCUACCUAUAUACAAUGUAUAUAUAAAUAUUGAAAGUCUUUUGAAAGCAUAUACCUAUAUUAUUUAAGGACCUACUGUCUUACUGUUGCCUUUUGAAAAUUUGCUACUGGGAAACAGUAUACAUGUAGCUUUAGGGAUGUCACUUUUUUUUUAAUGUAUUUUAAGAAAUAUAACUUAUUUUCUAUGCACCCUAAAACCAAAUAUUCUUGCACAGAAAGUUGUUUUAAUUUUAGUCUUUUUAUUUCUGAGGGUCUUUUCUGCCAGCAUCUCCAAGAAUAACACUGACCACUUAGGCUUUAGGCCUUAUGUGGUUCUGCUCACUUUGGCUUACAAAUAGGCAGAGCCACUGAGGCCUUGUAGGGGAUGAGAGGACCUCCAAAGUCUCCUCAUACUGACCUGGCAUUUAUAGAGCACAGGAAGAGGAAAAGAGAGGAGAAGAGGCAGCUUGGCCUGUGUGGGUUAUAGGAUGCAUACCAUAACUGCAUCCCAAAGAUGGUAUUUAUGGAGCACUCUGAAUGUCUGGUGGUCAUCAGGAGCUACCCUGGCAGCACAGGAAGUCAGAGUGACACCUGGAAGAAGGUGGGCAGCUGUGGUCUUCUGAGACAAGGAGAGUUAAGAGACAAAAGUCUUGUUUAAAGUCAGCACUAAGUAUGUGAUUUGUUGCAACCUGCUUCCCAAAUCAUAUACUAAUACUUUAUAUACUGACUAGUUAGAAGAGUUGAAGUCUUUAAUCUUUGUGAAUGCUUAUGAACAAAAUUUAAAAUAAAGUGGGUUUUGUUACUCAUGAUUGUAGUCCCAGCACUUGAGAGGUAGAAUCAGGAGGAGAAUCAGUUCAAGACCAAUUUUCAGUUAUGUAGCAAGUUUGAAACAAGGCUGGAUUACAUGAACCCAUGACCUUAAAAGUCAGAACAGCUGGAACAACAGCAAAAAUGUUGUUAGAAGGGAGAGAGAAAGACCUGAAGAAGAAAACUCUGAGCAUCCAUGAUCAGCCAGUUGGUGUCUUUUAGUGGGUUUUUUGGUCUAUUUUGUGGAGAAUCAGUAUGAAGUUUUUUGUUGUUUUUCAAUAUAAAGUUUUUAAUCUGUGUUCUCUUGUAAUACCCUAUUAGGUUAACUGAUAUGGUUAAAGUAGAACUAUCCACAAUGAUGCCUGGUGUUUGAAAACUAUUCCCUAGGAAGUAUUGAACUUUUACAAUGUGUAUAUCAUUUGUACAAAGUUAAUCUUAAAAAAAAAAUACUUGAAAACUUCAUUAUAAAUAUACCCUUUUUUAUCACUAAAUUAGAAAAGGAUGUUAAUUUACAUUCUUAUUUUGUAUUUUUAAUUUCAAAACCAAGAACUAGCACUUGGGUUGGACUUACUCUGCCACAGAACUGCUUUCUCCUAUGCGGAGAGUGAGUUGUGUUGUCUUAGGAAAGGAUAAGCUCAUUCUGAACUUAUUGAAGUGAAGGUUUGUUUCACGUCUUAACCCAUUUCUUCAGUUGAUUUGUUUCCCACGUCCAUGUACACCCUCAGAAACGGCACUUCCUCGAAACUUUGUAGUCUACCUUGCAGGUCCUUGACUAGGUUCCUUUAGGUUCCAUGAAAGGCCUGUCAUGUCUUGACUUCAUUCUCUACCUAUCUUUGUGUACCAGUGUGUCUUUUCUCAUAUUUGUGAUUCAGAGGACUUUUAGAAUGGAGCUGGCAUUCUCUUAGGGUUUCUUAAGUCAUCUUGAAGUUGAAUUUUUAAGUUUCCUUUGAACUAAGGUAUUGGUUUAUCAGUUUGUUUUUUUUUUUUUUGUUUUUUUUUUUUUUUUUUUUAAUGUGCAUUGGUGUGAGGAUUUCAAAUCCCUUAGAUUUGGAGUUACAAACAGUUGUGAGCUGCCAUGUGGGUGCUGGGAAUUGAACCUGGGUCCUUUGGAAGGGCAGACAGUGUUCUUAACCACUGAGCCAUCUCUCCAGCCCGUUUUUCUCUUUUUGGUUUGGCUUUUUCCCUCCUAGUUCCAAUGUCUUCACUUUACUUCACCUCCUAGAGCUGAUUCUUGGGCGACUACAGCUUGAAUUACUGUUGCCUCAGUAGCCAAACCUGGGAAUUUUAGGUUUACUCAUGAAAAACUGCAGGCAGGUCUGGAAGGUUGCUUUGUCAGGCAGUCUUACCAUUGUAUAACAUUGCACAUUAUCAUAUAUGCUGUAUCAGGCCCUGCACCUGACACCUUCGCUUGUCUACUUUAUGAUAUGACUUUUUUUCUAUGUUCAAAAAAUUACUACCAGGAGCUUUACAUCGUUUCUAUGGCACACAUUAGAUUGAUGCCACGAUCUUUGAUUUUUACACCAUUGUAGCAGGCAAUGAUUUUGAGAAGAUGUGAGAUGGACUUUACUUGGGCUUGGGGUACAGAGAACAAUACCUGCCCUCUCAAAAGGUAGUCUUAGUUUAUGUAGCAGAAAGCGUGUUAAAUUCGUCUUCCAUUUCAAAACAUGACUUUUACCAAUAUAUGAAUACUGUAAAAGCAAUAGGCUUAUGGGGUCAUGAUGAUACAUAUUUUCAUGUUAUCUUGAAACAAAAAAUUGACAGGUGAAGAUUCUGAGUGAAAGGAACCAUCAUAUUUGAAAAGGAAAUGUCUUGGAGCCUUUCAAGGACCUCAGUGAUAAGAAUAAUGUUACGGUGUGAGAUAGACCCUUAGUGUACUUUUUUAAAACUCUUUUGUUUACAUUUCUUAUAUCUCUUUCUCCCUACUCCACCCCAAUCCCUUCCAACAUCCCAACACCAGGUAGGAGAGAGAAAGGGUUAGUGGGAGAGGGGGCACAGUUCUCUUAGCUGCUUUCUGCUGUUUAGGGCCAUCAGGUUCCUUGGAGCCAGUCCAAUCCUCUGUUCAGGAAAUCUCCAACUUCUUGCCUCAUCGCAUCAACAGCUACCAGGAGUUGCAGGGGGAAGCAGCAGCAGCCUUGUUCUUUCUCAGAGCUCCCUCAACACUCUCUGGGCUCUGGCCUUUAUUCCCUCUCCAGAGUCCUCAGAUUUAAACUAUCUGCAGCUGGUAAAGAGCGCAGAGCCUCUUUGCCUGCAUGAGGCAAAGAGUUUACUGCUGUGGACUAUCUGAAUCAGUUCCACAUCCCACACCUGGAUUAAAACAAAACAUGUUUAUAUCCACAAAAGACCCUAAUGAUAAGAAUAAUGCUGUGGUAUGAGAUAUCCUGAGUCUCAUCCUAACAUGCUCAGUGGUUUGGAUUUCAAGCCAAAUCUGUUCUGUUGUGGUCUUAGGUUCUGACAGGAUCCUUGGAUUGAUGUCCAGUUUAAAGGAUCCAAAAUUUCAGUGGUCUUUGAGUUUCACAUUUCUAUAAAAAAUUUCCUCACCAGAAAGUCAAUCUUCAUGUUGGGGCUUUUCCAGGAAAACUGUCAUCACAGGCAACAAACUGUAACUUAGAAAAGCAUGUUGACCUUUUUGUUAUUGUUUUGCCUUUUUUUAAUAUAUGCGUGCUUGGGAAUUCCUUACAUUUUAUGCAAUAAACUAUUUUUGGUAAA